GGCAUAUAAGGAUGCCACCUAGACCUUUGAAAUUCAAUCAGGUCAAAACUUUACCUAAUAUUCCUAAAAUAUUAAUUGCCUGUUUCACUCAAUCUCUCAUUAGCAUACAGUGGGGUUUUCCAGCAGUGACAUGAUGUGUGUCACUGCAACAGACUGCAAAAGCAGUCGUGUAAAUCCAACUCUUCCAUUAAGCCAUAAAUUAAAUCAAUUUUCAAAAAUUUAAAACAAGGCUUGUCUAUUCUUUGUUUUUAAAGUAUUUAUUCUAAAAUGUUAUGUUAUAGGUUUAUUACUAUUUUAAAUGAAUAAAUAUUUUUAAUUUUGUUUCCAUUUCAGAAACAGUGAAUACCACACCUAUCACACAAAAACAAGAAGCUUCUUUGUAGUCUUAAAUAACUUAAGAGUGAAAUGUAUUCCUGAAAUAAAGUUGUGAACUAUUCUCUAGAAUAAGUCAUUGGUUCUCAACCCUGCACGUAAGAAUUCCUUAAGCCCAACUAUGAAAUGAAACAGCACACCACUGUGUCCUUUGAAUGUGUUGUCUGGAUUGAGAACCACUGCUCUAUGACAAAACAGCUGGUUUAAAUAAAAUACAAGAGAAAAGCAAAUAUGUUGAAUUAUGCUAUGGGGGUACAAUCAGCAAAACCAGAAAGUAACUAGACAAACGACCUCCGCUAAAUGAAAGGAGCAGAAAUUAAAGCAAUUCUAAGACUUUUGAAGGGUAACCCUUGGAACUAAGACUAAACUCGGUUAGAAUCACACUGUUGGCUUAACUGCCUUAUAGUUUGUUAAAUACCAUUAUACAGAAUAUGGUCCCCGGGACCCUCUCCUCCCUGUCUCAGAACCCGCAGUCUUCUGACGCUGUCUGUAGCAAUGAGGUCCAGGCACUGAGACCGACAAAGACAGGUCCACACGCCCAAGGGCCACGUGUCGGGAGCCACGUGGCUGGUGCCAAGGGGCGGAGGCCGUUGGAAGCGACUGCGCAGCUCCACGGGGUCGCCCCUGGCAUGCUGGUCUCCCGGCAUCCUGAGCGCCACUUUCCCGCCAGGACUGUGCAGGGGCGGUUUUCUGCUUCCUUUCGUCCUCCCUUCCUGCGGUGAUUUUGAGCUGCUCUUACCGGUUUUUACGUCCGUUGUCCCACCAUGCAGCGUGAACCUCCGAAGAAGCGGCCUGAGAAGAAGGCGGAAAAGCUGCUCUUUGACGCCGCGUCUUUCGGGAAGGACCUGCUCGCAGGCGGGGUCGCGGCGGCUUUAUCCAAGACGGCGGUGGCGCCCAUCGAGCGGGUAAAGCUGCUGCUGCAGGUGCAGGCGUCAUCCAAGCAGAUCAGCCCCGAGGCACAGUACAAAGGCAUGGUGGACUGCCUGGUGCGGAUUCCCCAGGAGCAGGGUUUCUUCAGCUAUUGGCGUGGCAAUUUAGCAAAUGUCAUCCGAUAUUUUCCAACACAGGCUCUAAACUUUGCUUUUAAGGACAAAUACAAACAACUUUUUAUGUCUGGAGUUAAUAAAGAAAAACAGUUCUGGAGGUGGUUUUUGGCAAACCUGGCUUCUGGAGGAGCUGCUGGGGCAACAUCCUUAUGUGUAGUAUAUCCGCUGGAUUUUGCCCGAACCCGAUUAGGUGCUGAUAUUGGAAAAGGUCCUGAAGAGCGACAGUUCAAGGGUUUAGGUGACUGUAUUAUGAAAAUAGCAAAAUCAGAUGGAGUUGUUGGUUUAUACCAAGGGUUUGGUGUUUCAGUUCAGGGCAUCAUUGUGUACCGAGCCUCUUAUUUUGGAGCUUAUGAUACAAUUAAGGGCUUAUUACCAAAACCAAAGAAAACUCCAUUUCUUGUCUCCUUUUUCAUUGCUCAAGUUGUGACUACAUGCUCUGGAAUACUCUCUUAUCCCUUUGACACAGUUAGAAGACGUAUGAUGAUGCAGAGUGGUGAAGCUGAACGGCAAUAUAAAGGAACUUUAGACUGCUUUGUGAAGAUAUACCAACAUGAGGGAAUCAGUGCAUUUUUUCGUGGUGCCUUCUCCAAUAUCCUUCGUGGUACAGGGGGUGCUUUGGUGUUGGUAUUAUAUGAUAAAAUUAAAGAAUUCCUUAAUAUUGAUAUUGGAGGUAGAUUAAAUUGAGAAAUGCAUUUAACUUGUUAAACAUACAAAUUACAUAGCUACCGUGAGUUAUACGUUUUGAUAGUAUGUUGUUACUGUCAGUAUUUUCUUAAAGUGCUAAUUCUACAAUAAAGCAUAUGUUCUUUUUAGGGAUUAAAUACUAAGAAUCAGAUAAAUGUGGGUUCCUUCCUACUUAGACUCAAACUCACUUUAAUGAGACAUUUUACUUACUGUAAGUAGUAUAUAUUAUUUCUAUUAGUUCAAAAUUCGUUUGUUAUGACAAAUUAAAAUAUAUAAUGCUAAAAUCUAAGAAAUGAAAGUAUCUUCUUUUAAAAUGCUAUUUUAAUAUAACUAGCUUCUCGUGUUUUAUAAUCAAAUGACAAAUAUUUAUUAAAAGUUUAUCAGAAGAUAUCAUAUCUCUGGACAUAAGUAAGCUUUUUUCUACAUCUCCACUAAAACACAGCUUAGGUAGUGCUAUAUGUAGUGCUUACGGUAUCAUAUAGCUUUUAAUAAACAUAGUCUGGAGCUAUUCAUUAAAAAUCGAUGACUUCAGUGACAUAUGGUUCAACCUGUGGUUGAAGAACAAAAGGUAUAAAGUGGGAUAUCUAUCUGCUUUUAUAUUUAAAAUACAAUCUUGCUAAUGUGACUAUGUCUUGGAACAAAGAACACCCCUUUGAAAAUUAGCUUGUGUAUUCUACUGAUAAUAAAGGAAAUUUAAAACUG